CACCGCUAUCUUUGAGGAUUUUUCUAGAGCUCCUUCGAAACGUCCCCCUAGUAUCUGCAAGAUUGUCUCUCGUGCUAUCUUUCGACUCAUGAUCAAAAAACCUCUUUUGAUAUCUAGUCAGGGAAUGUUACAGAAGGCAGAUCCAGGGCUAUACCAAUGACGCCUAGUUUGUCAUGUCUUAAGAACACAAAGCUAUCCCAGAAAUGUUGUGUUCAACCCAACGAGAAUCCAGAACCAAAUCUUAAACCUAUGUAUACAACAUGGGCCAAUGCCGGACCCAAAAAAAAGGAAAAACGAAAGGAAACCCGCCAAAAAGCCAGGCAACUUAUCAAAAAGACACAUCAAAAAUCAAGACUUGUACUGCUCUACCAAACCAUGCGUACAAGAAAGAGAUGAAAGGCAAAAACACAGAUGCUAUGCCACAAUCUAAAACCGUAACGGCUUAGACAAGAAAGGAAGAUGAUGAGCGGUCAUGUCAAUCGGAAGUUCUCCGCGAGGCUGAUUAUUGCGAAUCGCAGUAUCCAGGGCUUUGGGGGACAUCUGCGCCAACCCAGUUCUGGAGAGUUAAAGCAGUGGUGUAAAUGCAACAGAUGACUCCAAGAGUGGCGAGAGUAAUAUCGGCGAUAGCCUGGCGUCUUGAUUGGGCGCAUGCGCGGAGAUGUAGGAGGGGCUGUAUAGAAACGCUGAUUAGAAGCUAGAAUGAUGAGGGUCUUGCAAGACUACUUACCGGGUAAACGUAGAUUAGCGGGACACAGGCGAAGCUGCCGACCAGAGCGACAAAUUUGUCGAGAUCGGCGGCGCCACCCCACGCGACAAAGGCACAAACGAACACCAAGAAGAAUCGGAAUGUGUUCUUCUUCCACUUGAUAUAAGGGUUGUACUUGCCGCUGCGAGUGAACAACUCGUUCUCCAAGAUACGGAUGGCGGGGAAGAGUUGGAGUGGUGUGCUGAGCAGAAUAGCGAGCGAGUAAAGUAGCUGGACCACGUUGACAAACUUGUCGUCCUGGGGAAGGUUGAGGAGAAUGACGGUCUUGGUGGCGGAUCCGUAGGCGGCAUAGCUCAGAGCACCCGCGGACAGGAAGAUCAGAGUGAUGAUGACCAUGACACCAGCUAGGACACCGGGGAAGCGACGUGGCUGCUUCAUCGACUCCUGGAUAGGGAUGAUCAGACCGACACCCUCGUAGGUAAAGAUGGCCGUGCCGAUGAACAUCGACCAAGUCGACGGGUUGAAGGCCUUGAUGUCUGAGAUACCACCAUUGCCAAUCAAAGUGCGAGCAUCGUAAUAGUAGAUAUACAGCAGCCCCAGGAGGAUGAAGGCGUCCGCAAUGAGCGCAGUAAAGCCAAGCUUGCCGAUAUCACGAAUCAAGGAGAGAGGUAGGAAGAAGACCAGCUGCAGCAGCACCAGGUACUUGAUGUCGAUGAAGCUCUUACACUUGCUCACGGCGAGUACGAACGCCUGGAGGUUCUGUGACACGAACACAAUAUAGGCAGACACGAAACCCAAUUGGCUCAGAACAAUCGAGCCCAGAAUGAUGCGUCUCAUGUGUUUUCCAUACAAGAUCCCACCAAUAUCACCAAAGGAGCCUUCAAUGCGCAUGCGGGUGUUGACCAGCAGGAUGAAGGCGUAGUAACUCAGAAUCGAGACACCCAGAAGAACCAUGCUGCUGAAGAGCAUUCCGCCGUUCAAGAAGGCGCGGGGCAGGAAUAGAAUUCCCGUUCCCACAAAAGAUUUGAGCAGCAGCAUAACAGCACCAGUGGUGCUCGUAUUUCCGGGAGGCGCACGCUGCUUGUGCUUACGCUUUCUCCGACCAGCACCGUCUCCUCGAAGCAGCGCCGCAUCCUCACCAGACUCCCGGGCUUCAUCGGGCUCAUCCCAGGUGUCGGAUGAAAAGUACUCAUCGGGUCCCAAAACCUCAUCAUCUUCUUCCAACUCCUCUCCGGCAAAGUGACCAUACAGCGUCAAGAACUCCAAGAAGCUCGUGGUUGGAAGUUGGGGUUGCGUGGAUGCAGCGCCGGCGUUUGACCCAUGCACACUCCCACGGUGUGGGCUCCCCGCAGUUCUCCGCAGAAAAUCUCUCCGGAACCCACCUGGCACCUGGAUUGUGUGGAUAUCUUCGGUCUCGGCCUCGGGGGCGGGUCGACUGAUGCUGAAACUCUUGCUGCGAGCGAAUCGUGCGGCAUCCGCAUCCUCCGCCCACCGGUAGACCUGACGGGUGAUAUCACCGCCCUGCAGCUGCAGACUGGAGAACUCGUCGUCGCCAUGGCUAGUUCCAAGCUCCGAGCCAGUAUCUCGACUCUCCGAGACAUUUUGUGGGAGAACCAAAUGUCUCCUCACGACUUCUGGAUCCUCAUUCGCGCCUGCACCAUUAUUGUCGGGGCCGUAGUUAUUGUUGGUGUCGAACGAGCCGUACUGGGAGGCCAUGGGUCGGCUGUCGAGCGUCGGGGGGAUCGAAGGGGACCCCGCCAUUCGUGAAGGAGUACCAAAUCUCGGAGGCGACCGACCGAGACUUUCUUGUAGCUGAGAUGCGAUCAUGGACUGGCCGGGGCCUGGCAGAGAGGCCAUAUUGUCAACAGCACGGAAGUUCUGCUCGACAUUGGAGGCAGCGGUAGUGUUGAUGGGUCGGCUAGUAGGGAUGCCUUUUCGCGACGAUGGGGAUGUCCCAAAAGAUGCAGCAGGUACUGGCGAGGCCAGACGAGCCAUCGAGGCCUGUCUGCUAUCCGGGGCGGGUGACGUGGAUCGUAUGGACGAGGUCGAAAUUGGCACCGAUCGGGGCGGGAUCAGUGACGAGCCCUCACCGUUGUCUGCCAUCGUUGGCGUGGUUCCGGUGGGUAUUCCGCGUUUAGGGAGGUGUCAGGGGCAAGAGCAUGGGAUAGAAGAUCUGGGACGAUUUCCUAUGGGCAUAUAGCAAGGGUUGCAGCUCCGUGCAGCUUUAAUCGGGGGGGGUGGCAGGACGUGGCUGAAACGGACGAAAGAGAGAGGAAAGCGCCUGAUCGACGUUAAGAGCGCCAAGUGCGCCAAGUGCGUCGCAGGCAGUGGCUCAGGUGCGUGUCCGCUUUGCCUUCUCUGGGCUGUGGUUUGCCCUGUUUGUUCUCCGUUCCCCACGUCAUCUCCGCUUUUUCGCUGGGAUUCGAUUGAUACAAUUGGAGAACGCGAGGUGACGCAGGUGGUGCAUCUGCCUCUGGCGUGUCGAUAGACUGGCAAUUCUUUUUUUCCUCUUCGAGUUGAGCUCAUGAUUGUUCAUUGCGAUACGUCCUUUUGCAAUUUGCUGCGAUAUAAUUCUGCGAUAUAGUUAUCGAGGGCCGGUGGUGUGGUUCUCUUCCACAUGUUCCACCGGUGCCAACGGUCAACGGAGAUCCCGCAAUGUCUCGACGACGCCCAAAUUUUUCGACUCGAACCCCCGAAGAAGACGUCGCACGUCUUGACCCGAACGAGUCCGAGAAUGCCGCUCCUGCAGAACGGGCGGGGCUGUUACACUGGCCGCCAACUCUGUGGUCUCGUCACCAGGGGGUGACCUCUACAGAGCCGACGGAGCACCAUCGCCAUUCGGUACCAGCGAACCCGUUCCACGGGAUAUUCGAGUGGUAUAACAAGAAGACUGGCCAUGGCGAAGGACAUGAGGACAGUGAGGAGGCAAGGGUGCCUCCUUCAGCUGGUCCCUUUCGAGACAAUAGUGCAGAUAGGAAAGACAAACUUGGCCAUCGGCCUCGUUCGUUUGAGGAAACGAAGAAGCUCGGCACUUUCUCGGGAGUGUUCGUGCCCACGAGCUUGAAUGUCCUCAGUAUUCUGAUGUUCCUCCGCUUUGGCUUUAUUCUAGGCCAAGCUGGAUUGCUGGGCAUACUAGGACUGCUUGCUCUUUCAUAUUUGAUUAACCUGGUUACUACUAUGUCUCUCUCCGCCAUUGCAACAAAUGGUACGGUUCGAGGCGGUGGUGCAUACUACCUCAUUUCUCGCUCCCUGGGACCCGAGUUUGGCGGCUCUAUCGGGGUGGUUUUCUACUUGGGACUCGUCUUCAACACCGGCAUGAACGCAGUCGGUCUAGUAGACUGUUUUACUCAGAACUUUGGAACCAUGUCGGGCACGAUGGGCCAUUUUCUCCGGGAGGGCUUUUGGUGGCAGUAUCUCUGGGGGACUGUGAUUCUCGUCCUCUGCACAGCCAUUUGUCUGGCAGGGAGCUCGAUUUUUGCUAGAGCGAGCAAUGGCCUUUUGAUCCUGCUUCUCAUUUCAACCUUCAGCAUUCCAUUAUCUGCCAUCUUGAUGAAGCCGUUCAGUUCUCCGGUGGAUAAUGUCCAGUUUACCGGUCUUAGCUGGCAUACACUAAAGGGUAAUCUCACUCCCCACUUGACAAAAGGGGCUGCGGGAAGCCAAAUGAAAGGGCGAGAGACUUUUCAAGAUCUUUUUGGCAUUUUGUUUCCCGCCACGGGUGGUAUCUUUGCCGGCGCGAGUAUGUCGGGAGAUUUGAAGAACCCUAGCAAAUCUAUACCCAAGGGAACUCUCGCCGGUCUCGCCUUGACCUUUAUCUCAUAUCUCCUUGUCAUAUUGGCCAUGGCUGCCUCUGUUACUCGACAGUCAUUCUACAACAACGUCAACGUUAUUCAGAUAGUCAACUACUCCGAUACAAUUAUUCUUGUCGGAGAAUUUGCGACCUGUUUCUUCUCAGCGCUUAUGGGAGUGAUCGGCUCUGCCAAGCUCCUCCAGGCCAUCGCCCGAGAUAGCCUGCUUCCGGGCGUCAACAUCUUCGGUCAAGGCAGUAAGAAAAAUGACGAGCCCAUUUACGCUAUUAUCGUCACGUAUAUCUUCGCACAGCUCACCAUGCUUUUCGACAUUAAUCAAAUUGCCUCUUUUGUGACCAUGACCUACUUGAUGACGUUCUUGGUCACCAAUUUGGCCUGUUUCUUGCUGAAGAUAGGAUCUGCUCCUAAUUUCCGGCCUUCUUUCCGCUACUUCAAUUGGCAGACUGCAGCUGCAGGUACGCUUGUCAGCGGCGUCAGCAUGUUCUUUGUUGACGGGUUGUAUGCCGCGGGAUGCGUUGGAAUUCUCCUCAUGCUCUUCCUGCUAAUCCACUACUCUUCUCCGCCUAAAGCAUGGGGUGAUGUCAGUCAAAGUCUGAUUUAUCAUCAAGUACGAAAGUACUUACUCCGUCUGAAGCAGGAGCAUGUCAAGUUUUGGCGACCGCAGAUCCUGCUCUUUGUCAGUGACCUUGACCGUCAGUACAAAAUGGUCUCGUUUUGUAACUCGCUGAAGAAAGGAGCGUUGUUCGUCUUGGGCCAUGUUCUCGUGACGGAUGACUUUUCAACGGCUGUUCCAGAGGCCCGUCGACAGCAGACUGUCUGGACAAAGCUAGUCGAAUACUCCAAGAUCAAAGCAUUUGUCAACGUGGCCGUUUCUCCGGCUGCAGAAUGGGGCGUGCGUAACAUCGUUCUCAAUUCUGGAUUGGGGGGCAUGCGACCGAAUAUCGUUGUGAUCGAUCAGUACCGUGAGAAUCAGUCGCUGGUAGAGACCAUGUCUCUUAGCAACAAUCGCAGAGAAUCUGCGAAGUCGAGACGCCGUUCAUCUGUUAUUGGCUCACAACACGAAGAAGAUUAUCCAAACAAGGGGAUGACGUGCCAAAGCUAUGUCACCAUUCUCGAGGACCUCUUGUUCAACCUUCGUAUCAACGUCGCCGUCGCCAAAGGGUUUGAAGAUCUCGAGCUGCCCGAUCCCCACGGGCGUCAUACGAAGAAGUACAUCGACCUAUGGCCAAUUCAAAUGUCCGCGGAAAUCGGCGCGGACAGUGAGAGCAAGCAAAAUGUGUUGACAACCAAUUUCGAUACAUACACCUUGAUCCUACAGCUGGGCUGCAUCUUGAACACCGUUCCCUCGUGGAAGAAAACCUAUCAAUUGCGGGUUGCCGUGUUUGUCGAGUAUGAAACUGACGUCGAUGAUGAGAGAGGGCGAGUUGAGGCUCUUCUCGAGAAAUUGCGCAUCCAAGCCGAAGUCCUCGUCUUCUGGCUUGCAUGCGGUGAUGUCAAAACGUAUCGAUUUAUUGUUAAUGGGGACACUUCAGCCGAGAUGGCUGUCGCCCAAGAUACCGUCCACUCCGUACUGAAAGAUGAGGACUGGUGGCAAGGACUGGUCCAGGCUCGUAACGAUCCCCAAAGCUCCACAGAGCAGGGCCAAGGUGGCGAGGAUAUGCCUCGGCUGGACCGAAUCUCGACCUGGCAAGGUCCAGCCAGCCAGGAAAGUGGAAAUAAGCUCUUGAACCAACGCGUGACGGGCCUGAGAAGAUUAAUCCAACAGCGCAGGAGAUCCGUGUCUAGCUUCAGGACGCUUGGAAAUGUGAAUUUCGGAAUGCAGACCCAUCGCUUGCUGGAUGCGUUUGUUGACUACGACGGGAACAUUUUCUCUAGUGACAGCAGCGACGAUAGCGACCUGGAACCCUACAUCAGCGAUCCGGAAAUCGACGAAGCUGACGACGAACGUGAAGACCAUGAGGAGGAAGAUUCGGCUAGCAGUUCCAAAGGAAAUGAGCCUUCCACUAGCCUAGCACGAGUCGGGCUCGGUGGUCGAACCCAGAGCGACGAGUCCGGAAUAAGCCCUACUCGCCUACCAGCACGAUCAAGUACCUCAGCCGGCCUGACGCCAACGAUCCGCGAACCCACACCUUCAAUCAACACCUCUGGCGACAACGCCUCUCCAAAGAGCAAAUCCCCCGCUCUCCGUCCACCUCUCAGCCGCUCCGCCUCCAGCAACCGCUUCAGCUCCUCCCCCAUUCCCGAGGCAAAAGUCAACACCGACGAAGGGGCAGGUCCAUCUAUCAUGUUCGCUGCCAACGCCUCGCCUCCCCGGUUUUCCCCAAAACUCGAAUCCAUCUACGCUCGGCGUCAAUCUGCCGUGUCGCCGACUGCGGAAGUCGGCGCCCACGCUCACCCGCCGGCAUCGGGUUAUCCGGGGUCUGCGUCCGUCCCGCUAUCAUUCAAUGAUCUGCCUAGUCGGGCACAGCAUUUGAUCUUGAACGAGUUGAUGGUACAGCAUAGCAGCGAGACGGCCGUGAUUUUUACAACCUUGCCUUCUCCGGUACACGGCACGUCGCAGAGUGAGCAGGAUUGUUCGUCGUAUUUGAGUGAUUUGGAGGUACUGUGGCAGGGAUUGCCGCCGUGUCUGUUGGUGCACAGUAACAGUAUGACAGUGACGAUGAACCUGUGAAUUAGAUCAUGAUGAUUGUGCAUAGUUUUGUUCACCCAUAGCACAGAUUUGCGUUAGAGCGCGUACCUAUCGAGGUCGGAUAUAUUCAAUUUUGGUAUUUACUUUUCUUCUACUUUUUCCAAGUACAAUGGUAGGUGACCCCAGCCUUGCCCGUACCUAAUAGUUCGACGGGUGUGCAUCGAUGGGCAGCUAUGCAGCAGCAGAAAUAUAUCUUGACAGCUUACUGUAACACGAGGUAUGAACAGGUAU